AUGUGCGCGCUUCGUUCGACAGAGGGAAGCGACUUGGAUCACAUAGCGACCUGCUUACAGGAUCUAGCCUGGUCAGCCUUCCCACCUUCGACUAGCAGUGGAAAGAGUCCCUGUGAAGCUUUGGGGCUUGUCCCACUAUGCAUACCUUAUAGGAGAAGACCCAGAAGCAUGAGUUCGACGGGCUCAAUAGCCGGCGAAGCAAGCCCUUCCGUAUAUCGAUCUCGCUACCCCCAGACUCUGAAUAUCCCACGCAUUAUCGAGCCCUCUGUGGCCCAUCGUUCGGCUGGUUCCCACCGAAAUAAACGGAGGACAAGAACACAAAGCCCGGGCUCGGCUAUCCCUUCGCCCACGAUGACGCAGCGAUCAGUUUCCGAUAUGCACCCCCUGUCGGCUGGGUGUUCCUCCGAAUCUCAAAUGGGCUCAGCUUCACCGUCGUACGACGAUGGAGCAUCUUCCCGUCGAACUUCACGUCGACACGGAGGCAAACUCUUAGAGGAUUGGGAGAAUGACAAGCCGCCCUUUGAUUUAUAUGACGAGCCGAUCGGUUUCCGGACUCAAAAUGCGAACAAAAGGAUUUUAAACCGACUCACGGUUUUUAUUCAAGUGUCACAAUAUUAUAACUCCCCUACCCCACAUCCAGGCCACCGCCAUAUCCAGGCCAUUACAUCCUAA